AUGGCUCCGACAUGGCCCUCGGCAACAUCCACUACCCGCUCUGUGGAGCCCAUGGCCGGGUGCAAGACGGUCCUCAUGAAGCCCGUCGACGGGCAGGAUGGCAAAGUAGACCAACAAGCGGAAAUGUUCAUCAGGAGUUUCCGAGAGAGGACACUGUCGGAGACAGCUCGCUUAGAAGCAGCUACUGCAGGAGCUCGCCCGCCGCCAGAGACGCCGGUGACUAGCACCGCAUAUGGGCAGGAACUGCGCGCAGAUGCCCACGUUAGAGGUGCAGGAUAUCCCAAGAUGUAA